AUGGAGGUUGACUAUAUGUCCAUGUUAGAGCUAUUUGGAAUGACUAAAGAUUUGGGAUAUGACAAUGGGUAUGAUGUGAGUUUUUAUGGUGAAGAGUUUGGAACUGGUAGACUCAUUCAAAUAAUAUUAGACAGUACGCUUUUAGCUUGUAUGAGCACGGUACCUAAAAGCAAUAGCAGAGUGAUAGUUUUGUACUUGAAAGUAGUGAGCCUGACUUUAAGCCAAGUGGGGAAUGAUAGCAGUGAUCUAGAAUUUGAAGAUAGUGAUUAUGCACAGAGUGAUGAAGAGAUUGACUUAUUGAAGAAGGCUGUAAGUGGUUUGAGACAAUGGAGAAGAGUCACCUACACUUACCUGCCAAAUAGCUCUUCAAGUGAAGAUGAAGCAGUAGGUGAACUAAGAAGGAAGAAGAAUAGAAUGCCAAAAGAGCAAGUUCACCAAGACUAUGGUUACAGACCAUCUAAAGCAAUUGUGUACAGAGCAAGAGCCAUGACAGUUGACAUUGUAGAGGGGUCUUACAGUGAUAGGCCACGGUUUCAGAGUAUUUACAUCUGUCUUGCAGCCCGCAAGAAGGGUUUUUUAGAUGGUUAUAGGCCUGUGGUUUGCUUGGAUGAGUGUCAUGUCAAAGGGCCUCACCCUGGGCAAGUGCUUUCUGCAAUGGGAGUUGAUGCAAACAACGGAAUGUUUCCACUUGCCUAUGCAUAUGUAGAGAUUGAGAGCAAUUCAACGUGGCUGUAUGUUGUGGAUGCUCUAUUCCCUCAUGCAGAGUAUAGACAUUGUUUGAAACAUCUGUAUGGAAACUUCUAUUUGGAACAAAGAGGUCUUGCUUUGAAACAUCAAAUGCAAGCAAUUGCUAGGGCCACAACAAUACCAUUGUUUCAUGCAGAGAUGAGAAAGAUGUUGGAGUUGUCUAAACCUGCACAUGAUUCGCUUGCAGAGAAAGAUCCUAGGCAUUGA